AGCGUUUAUAGCAACCGACUGCUUAGGGAGCCAGACCAACUGAGACUGAGCAAAGAAAUCGUGUGAAGAUAAUAGCUGGCUAAUUAUAUUCAGUCCAUGUCUGUAUAGUCGUGAAAGGGUGGAAAACACUCCGUGCUGUUUGAACGUGUUUUGUUUCCAUAUCCACGGCAAUGCUGUACUGGUUUGCGGUAGUUAAGUUUUAAUGAUUAAUGAUAUUCUAACCCAGUUGCCAAGGGUAAGGGAUGGGUAACGCGUUGCCUCGCUAGGCAACAUCAGGCCGCUUUCCAAGCCCGUCCUUAAGGAAGAUGUGCGUCAAUGCUUCAUUGAUAUAUUUAGUUACUUAGCUAGUUAGCCACAUUUUGGUGUUGUUCCGGCCCAGUUUUGUUGGAGCCCACCUGAAAACGGGCGUGAAAUCGAAGAGAUCGGUUGCUCAAUCUCACAUUUACUCCGGGGUGUUGCAGCUGCACGAAGCCAGACAUGGUAACUGGACUCAGUCUCAGGUAGGGUUGCAGUGAUCCCAGAGCCAGUCGGAACCAGAACCCGCGAGGAGCGUCCCGUGAGAGACCGCAGCCAUGUUGGAGGAGGACAUGGAGGUGGCCAUCAAGGUGGUGGUGGUGGGCAACGGGGCCGUGGGCAAGUCCAGCAUGAUCCAGCGCUACUGCAAGGGCAUCUUCACCCGGGACUACAAGAAGACCAUCGGGGUGGACUUCCUAGAGCGCCAGAUCGUGGUAAACGAUGAGGACGUGAGGCUGAUGCUGUGGGACACAGCAGGCCAGGAGGAGUUUGACGCCAUCACCAAGGCCUACUAUCGAGGGGCCCAGGCCUGUGUGCUGGUCUUCUCCACCACGGACCGUGACUCGUUCGAGGCCAUCGGCAGUUGGAGGGAGAAGGUGGAGGCGGAGGUGGGGGACAUCCCCACAGUGCUGGUGCAGAACAAGAUCGACCUCCUGGACGACACGGUGAUCAAAAAUGAGGAGGCAGAGGGAUUGGCCAAGAAGCUGAAGCUGAGGUUCUACCGCACUUCAGUGAAAGAGGACCUCAAUGUCAAUGAAGUUUUCAAGUACCUGGCGGACAAAUACCUGCAGAGACUGAAGCAGCAGAGCGCGGAGGAGACGGAGGUGGUGCACACAACCAGCAAUAAAAUCGGGGUGUUCAACACGGCAGGAGGCAGCCACUCCGGGCAAAACUCCAGCAGCCUGAACGGCUGUGAGGUCAUCAACCUGCGACCGAACCGACAAAGGACCAAGAAGAGCAAAACCCCCUUCGGCAGCUGCCGCCUGCUGUAAAACAGAGACCCCGCCCCCGUCGGAUCGAGGGUUGAACGAACCCCGACUGGUGGCGGGAAAACUGACCGCAGGCUUUAUCACAGGGCUCAAAGGCUUCACAGCAUCAUGCAGAACUCAGUACGUUAGGAAGUAAGUCUCCGGGUGAUGUCUGUGUUGUCAUAUCCUGUCGAACACAGUCAGCCUGAGAGGUGGUCCAAAGAUGGUGGCUUUUUGUCUCACCGGAUGUGCACGACCUGUGUUCUUGAGUUAUGCAUCUUGCUGCGAGGCCUCUGUGCUGCCUUUGAUCCCUGUGAACAGUCCGUCGUUGGGAAGCUCUUGCUGCAAGACUAUCCAGCUCCUUCUAAAUCACACUCUUUGUUUCCCCCUGGUGGCUGCGUACGGUAGGACAGCCAAAGGUAUAAAAUCUGGGCCUCGCUGCGUCCGAAUUGAAUGCGGAUUUCACAUAUUUGCAUUCCGACAUUCCAUAAGUGAUAUAAAAUUAUUGUUCUUUCUAAUGGCCCAGAGCAGCAUAGCUUCCUGCUGGUUCAUCAGCAAAACAUAUUUGUAUGUGUACAUAUGUGAUUUUCAGAGUACCAUUUGUGCAUUUUACUGUUCAUCUGUGCAAUAUGUUAGUAAUGGUAGAGAUAUAGUCUACAGAUUAUUUGGUACUAUUUUUUUUCCUUAAAAUGAAUUGAAUCUGCUUCGAUAUGUGUCAUGAAUAUAUAUGUAGUUAAUCUUUUUCCAGGAUAUUUUUAUAUAACAUGACGGUGUUUAGUGAAUGUGGGCGUUCAACUGCCUGACAAAAAAACAGAAAAAACUAAUGAGUUAAUAUAGUGCCAAAUUGUUUUGAAAACUUAACUACCUUCCUCAUUAAAAAUGUAUAAAGACACAAUCUUACAAGGUACUUCAGCAGGUGAUAUAGAUAGAAUAUUUGUCUCUAAUCAUAUGGAACACGUUUUUUAAAACAGAAAAAUAUGUGGCAGAGUAUAUAUAUACACUUGGUUUUAUAUAUAUAUAUAUAUAUAUAUAUAUGUAUAUGUAUAUAUAUAAGCAAGUGCGGUUGGUUGUUUGAAUGGUACUGAAUUGUAAGAAUCACAAUGACUGAGUUACGCUAAAUCAGACUAUAUGGUGACUCCUGGUGUUUUGAGAACUUGCGGAGACUGUGAAUCGGUUUAAUUGAACAGUAUCCAAAGCAGCGCUCUGUGGCAUUAGGAGCACACGGACUCUGGCCGUUUGAAUAGCACGGGCGUCUCGUCCGCAGAGAGCCGUUAGCCUUCACGUUCCCUCUUCCCGGCCGCCAUUUUGCCUGUUACCGGUUCCCCCAUUUCCUUGCUUUCGCUCUCAGGUGAGUGAGUCUUGAACUGCCGGGGUUCCCCAAAAUGUUUUAAUCCCAAAGCUACCUAAAGUGGGAACCCUGUGAAUAUGGGACCCCUCCUUUAAAAAAAAUAAAUAAAUAAAUAAUUUUAAAAAAAGGUUAGCCUUGACACCAUUUUGAAAACAUGCACUACAGGCUCUUUAACAUGCUAUUACAUGACUACAUGGAAGCUUGGCUAAAUUGCAGUGCCACUGUAUCAUGGCUCAGAAUAGGACUUGUACUCAUUAGUACAAUCUAAAUAUGUAAUAAUUACAAUAAUCACAGUAUUACCAAGGAUGUGUAAACUCAGACAUAGUUUCUUUUUAUCUGAGUGUAUAAAAUAUGUAAUUUUUGAAAUAUGGAAAUAUAAACAGAAAACUAAAUAUUUUUAAAAGGGAGAUUUUUUUUUCUUCCCUUUUCGUUUUGCUUCGGACCCCGUAGGAAUCCUUGGACUAAGUGGGUCCUGGUUUGGGAGCCCUCGCCUUACAGGACAGGGACGAAUCGCUGUAACGAAAUACGCUUCGUAACUGGCAGGGUCUCUGGCAUGGCCUUGGUGACUUGCAGACUCAGUGAAAGGAACGGCUCUCGCUGAUAAGAUAUGGAUUGAAGCUCCCGGCAAAGCCGGGGUGGAUUUUCUCACAGUCUGACUACAGGCAGGCGGGCGCUUGUAUAAAACAUUCCCAGUGUGUUGAUGCCGCUCGGCUGGAUCCCAGAUCUUUAAAUGGGCCUUUUUCACGUUGGGUUUAGCAUCAGAAUUAUGUUUACAUGUUUGUAGUGUUUGCUUUUUCCAAUAUAUUGCUUUUGUUUAAUUUUAAGUGGAACAUCCUCUGAAAAAACUAUUUCAAGAGUUCAGAAAAGGCUAAACUAAGACAAUUUGUGGUUUAAUUCCUGUUCUGAAAUUGCGUACCCCUUUGAGAAGUCGAUGUCCCUUCAAAAAUGGGGUCUUUGCAGCCAGAAAUGGUGUAGGGUUCAGCCUUUGCUUGCCUUUUAAAAUUUGAAUAACUGUGGGAGUCAGACAUUUUGGAACGGUAGCCAAAAAAGAAGUAUUCUUCAUUUGGCAUCCUUAACAUUUUUAGAUUAUGGAUUUUUCAAAUGGAGGUUCCCUCUCAUUUUCACAAUUUUCCACAGUGAUUUGGUAACCGAUACACCAUGCAGAAUGCUAAGCUUGCAGAAUACUUGAUGUAAUAUUGCCUUCAUAAUGAGAUCUUAUGAUUUUGUUUUUCCUCUGAAUUGUUUUUGCCCAGGCAAUUAAUUCAUGCGAGUGUCCGCUGACCUCCCAUUCCUGCUGUGACCAAUGGCACAAAAACAAUUCUGCUUACGCACGAGAAUACACACAGAAUUGCCUUAAUGUAGAUUUCCUGUCGCCGCUGUGCUAAGUGUUGAUAACCGGAAAUGACAUCAAACAGCAAAUAUGACGAUCGCUUUGGAUCUCAAAUGACCGUUUUCGAUUGGCUACUUCUAAUAUGAGUGAUGCAUUGUCCACACAGUGGUUAAAGUACAGAAAAGUAAAUGACUACCAUUUUCUGCCAGGCUCCAUUCACAAUGAAUCCACGCCAGCCUUUUCUAAGUUAAGGUAAAGGCCAAACACUGGAAAAUAAAAUUGGUGUAAUUUCAGAAUCAGCUCUUGGUGGGGGAGGGGGAUGCUGAUAUUUUACUGAACCCUGUAGAAGCAGAACUACAGCCUUGUCUGCUUUUCAGAACUCAAUGCGCUGGGAAAAAAACCCCUGAAAAUCAGUGGUCUGUACUUCUACGAGUCAGCCACGCUUACUUUCUUGUCCCUGGCUCCUAAUGACAUGAAAGGGGAACAUAACUUACAUCUUGCUCCUGGUCUGGUGCUCCCUAUGUGUACUUGCUACUCCCUGUAGCACAGACAUUGCAGGCCCCAUCUUUGACUGAGUCAUUAGCUAUCUAUGACCAGUAGUCCAUAGGGGCAGGACACCAUUAAUCCUGCCAUUGGACAGGUGUAUUUCACUUUAGCCCUGAUGCUAGCUGCACGUAUCUGUGAGUUACACCUGUUCUAUGGUUGGCAAAGCUCUCCCACAGAACUCUGUGGCCUGAAGGGUGUAAACAAGUCGCUGGUUUAUAAGAUUGUACGAGGGAACGUGCUUAAUCUUGUGUGUUCUUGGGGCACAGGUGACCGGAGACCUAGGUGGAGAUGUUUGUUGCUGUGAAAGGCUAUUGUUAUAGCAUGGGAUAGGGUUGUGGUCAUGUUGAGCUUCAACACCAAAACGCGCCCACACACACACAACUCACUGGUGGGGUAUGAGUCACGGGUGCCACAGAGAACGAAGCCCUGUGAUUGGGUGCAUUGUUCCGUAGCUAAAACUGAGGGGAAUCUGCAGGGCUUAACGGGUGCGGAGAAGACCAGGAAAAUGUGAGGGGUGUUUGCGUUGAGCGCUUUCCAGGGGCUGGCUUGUUAAAAAGAACAGUCUGUUCUUCCAGAAACCCGUCCGCUCGUGAGGGCUGAGCUGAAAUGCUGUAGCUCGGCGGGCUCGGAUCCAGACGCUUUUCUGUCCCUCGUAUCCCGGUCUUCAGCAAUGUGCUGUGGAGAGAGCUGGGCCUGCUGACUGCUUCCAAAACUGACCAGAUGGAGGUCCAGUCACUGAGCUGGAAUACACUUGUGUUUUUCUUUUGUUGUUAAUCUUAAAUAUGUCAGCUGCUUCUUCUGUUAAUUUUGCCCCUUACCUAUUUUUAAUUAUGUUACCAUGGCUCCUUGCCCAUUGGCUGCUGUGCAUCUUUGCGCAUUUGUUUAAUUAUUCUGUAACAGUGGUUUUACACUACAAUCACCCCCCAACCCCCACAGAGAGGCACAUGACUUUCAUCAAACCGAGCUAACAAAUCACGCAUCUUUAUAAUCCAUGCUUCAGGAAAAAAGAAAGUUGAAAGCUCUCUUCAUCGGUUGUAAAACAUCCAAGUUAAUCCUGGCUUUUAUCUCUGUUGUUGCUGGUCUCCAAGGAGACUUUGGGAGGAACUCUGUUUGGACACGUGUUAAAAGGCAUUAGUGAAUUACAACACUAUUUCAUCUGUGACAUAAAAGUGGUGGAAUGCACAGUGACCCCACCCCCACCAUACUGUAUUCUCUGUUGCUGCUUUGUUCUUAUAAUUUCAUGAACCUACUUAUGUACCCAGCAUCCAACAGUCCAGUGCGAUGACCUUCAGUCUACCAAUUUGUGUAUCAUCAGGCUGUUUGAUGGUUGUGCAAACAUCAAUAAAGAAUGUAUAGAUU